AUGAUGCCAAUUUCCAGACGUGAUUCCGACUUCACCUAUGCUUUGAUGGCGAUAGACUACCUAUCGUUGGAAAUCCCCUUUAGUGUACAAAGAGCAGCGGAGAGACAGCUCAUUGAAAGAGCAGCGGAGAGACAACUCCUGGUCCCGACGAAGAUUGGCAAGGAUAAAGUGCCCAUUUCACACUUACAGUACGCGGACGACACUAUCUUUUUGUUGGAGGCAGAUGACAGAAAUGUGGAGAGUGUGAAGAAACUACUUAUUCUCUUUCAGUUUGUCUCGGGUUUAGCUGUAAAUUUCGAGAAGAGUAGUCUUUUGACAGUGGGAGUGGAUGAGGCAGUGGAGAGGAGAUGGGCAGCGCUCCUCAUGUGCAAGAUCGGCUCUUUUCCGUGCAACUACUUGUGUACUAAAGUGGGGGGUCGCAGCAAUGGUGUUGGAGAUUGGAAGUUUUUGGUUGAAAAAGUCUCAAACAAAGUGGCAAGAUGGAAGAAAAUACAUCUUUCGCUGGCAGGGCGAAUUACUCUUGUCAAAUCGGUGUUGCAAUCCAUCCCGGUUUAUCAACUUUCCAUCGCUUUCAUACCUAAAGUGGUGAUUAAGGAACUUAACUCACUGUUCUCCAGAUUUUUGUGGGGAGGAGGGACACAGACGGGGGGUAUUACUUGGUUUAAGUGGAAUGCCUUAUGCUUCAACAAGAAAUCAGGCGGUCUGGGGUUUCGGAACGUCGAAUGGUUCAAUCAGGUGUUGUUAAUUAAGUGGCUUUGGAGGUUUUUGGGGGAAGGGAAAGCUCUGUGGGCAAGGGUGAUUAAAUCUCUUUAUGGGGAGCUUGUGUGGGGGGAAGGGGGGGAAUGUUCGGUGGCGGGAAGAGCUGGACAGAAAGGGUGGUGGCAGAAAAUUGUGGAGAAGGAAUGA